AUGGCCUCCUCCGACAACCAGCUCGUGCUCCCCAUCAUCGACGCCCACAUCCACCUCUACCCAGCUUCCGAGCUCGACACCCUCUCCUGGGCGCAUCCCGAGCACCCGCUCUACGGCCAGCAGUCCCUCGCGCAGUACAAGGAAGCCACCAAGACGGCCCCGUCCCUCCUCGGCUUCAUCUUUGUCGAGACGGACCGCAAGCACGACCUGGCCGCCGGCGCCGCCGACGGCUCCGGCUGGGACGCGCCGCUCCAAGAGGUCCGCUGGCUGCGCCGAAUCGCGCUCGGCGAGCCCAAGGACGGCGAGGGCCACGCCGCCGAAGACAAGAAGCUCUGCCUCGGCAUCGUGCCCUGGGCGCCGCUCCCCAGCGGGCCCAAGGUGCUGGACAAGUACCUCGACAGGGUCAAGGAGGAGGCGGGCGAGGCCUGGCCCAAGGUCAAGGGCUUCCGCUACCUGCUGCAGGAUAAGCCCAGCGGCACCAUGCUGGAGCAGGACUUCAUCGACGGGCUAAAGCUGCUUGGCCGUCGCGGAUUCGUGUUCGAGGUCGGCGUGGACCAGCACCGCCGGGGACGCAAGCAGCUCGACGAGCUGAUUGAGCUCGUGGACCGCGUGCACGACGGCGUGCCCGAGGACGAAAAGGUCAAGCUAGUCAUCAACCACCUCUGCAAGCCCGACUUCUCCGUCUACAGCCUCGCCACCGACGCCUCGUUCCACGCUUGGCGCACCACCAUCUACGCCCUCGGCAAGGUGCCCCAGGUCUACAUGAAGCUGUCCGGCGGCUUCGCCGAGAUGCCCCCCGCCCUGCGCGCCCAGGACGCCGCCCACAUCUUCCAGUCGACGUUUGGCUGGCUCGGCGUCGUCCUCGCCACGUUUGGCGCCCGCCGCAUCAUGUUUGGCAGCGACUGGCCCGUCUGCACCGUCGACAUGCCCGAGGGCGAGGGCUGGCCGCGCUGGAAAGAGGUCGUCGAGAAGAUGUGCUGGAUGGCGUCGCUGGACGACGAGGAGAGGGCCAUGAUCUUUGGCGGCACCGCCAAGGAGGCGUACGGCCUGUGA